UCUCAUUAUUCUCCAAGUCUGGAAGUUUUGUAGCAGCUAGCUCCUGCAGGCAUGGGAAGUAAGUUCUUCUUCACAUGUUGUCUUCUUUGGUGCUUGAUUAGUUCGGCCAUGGCUUCGGACGACGACUCGUUUGCAACCAGGCUGAACCCCAAGGUGUUGAAACUGAAGAAAGAGAAGCUAACUCGUUUUCAUCUUUACUGGCACGACGUGGUGGGCGGAAGCAACCCCACUAGCGUCCCGGUGUUGCCACGCCUAAAUAACGUUACAUUGUUUGGGCUUAUCAACAUGUUUGACAACCCAUUGACGGUCGGACCAGACCCCAAGUCUCGGCUAGUGGGGAGAUCUCAAGGUUUGUAUGCCUCUACUGCACAGCAUGAAAUUGGACUUUUGAUGGCUAUGAACUUUGCGUUUACUUACGGAAAAUACAAGGGGAGCUCCAUCACCAUUUUGGGUCGGAACCCUAUUCUGAACCAAGUACGAGAGAUGCCAGUGGUGGGAGGAACUGGACGGUUCCGAUUUGCUAAAGGUCAUGCGCUGGCUAAGACUCAAUAUUUCAACGCUACUACAUUGGAUGCUGUUGUUGAAUAUGAUAUUUAUGUAUUGCAUUAUUAUUGAUAGUCCAUUUUUAAAUUAAACUUCUCUCCACGUGUUUUUCUUUAUUUCUAUGUUUUGUAUUAUUUCCUUUUAUCUUUCCCAAAUCUCAAUAAUGUUAGUUUUCAUGUGAUUGUUUUUUAUAAUAUAUGAUUCUUUUUUCUAGUU